AUGUAUUUGAACAACAGAAACAAUGCCAUCAACACAGAAAGGAGUAAGAAGAACCUAAAAGGGAAAACAUGGGCUCACUUGAAGACAACUCCACUUCAGGAAGACAUCCUCAACCAGAUGUCCCCAAAUGUGGGAAAAAAGAUGGGGAAAAAGUUGGAGACAAAGAAGAACAUGACAGAGGAGCAGGAAGUCAUGCAGCACACUCCGUUUGGGAAGGCCUUUUACGAUCUUACCCAUUCAGAGAGGGUGAUGGAUGAUCUGACUUGUGGACGGCGGGUGGGGCUUUACGAGCUAAGAGGCGAGAUUGGCUCUGGAAAUUUCUCCCAUGUUAGAUUGGGGAUACAUGACCUGACCAAAGAAAGAGUGGCUGUAAAAAUCCUGGAUAAGGUGCGUCUGGACAAGCGAUCUCAAUCGCUUUUUGCCUCCGAAAUCUCUUGCAUGGAGAAGCUGGCUCACCCCAACAUAGUGCGCCUGUAUGAGGUGGUGGAGACGUUCAAGAGGCUCUACCUGGUGAUGGAGUAUGCCAGCGGAGGAGAGCUGUUCUCCCGUAUCAGCACCAGGGGGCGCCUGUCUGACCUGGAGAGCAAGCUUGUGUUCUCCCAGGUCCUGUCUGCAGUCAAACAUAUGCAUGAUAAUAAUAUUGUGCACAGGGACCUGAAGGCUGAAAACAUCUUCUACACCAACACCUACUGCAUUAAAGUGGGUGACUUUGGUUUCAGCACGUCUUGCUGCCCCAUUGAUGUCCUUCACACAUUUUGUGGCUCUCCGCCAUAUGCAGCCCCUGAGCUAUUCAAAGAGAAAGGUUACAAUGGUCAGUACGCUGAUAUGUGGGCACUGGGUAUCUUGCUCUACUUCAUGGUGAGUGCCACUAUGCCAUUUAAAGCUACUAACACAGGCAAGCUUAGGGGCUGUAUCCUGCAGGGCUCCUAUGCCAUUCCCCCCUAUGUACCCAGAUCAUGCCAGGAGAUCAUUAAGGGCCUCCUGAGGCCGGUUCCUGUGGAUCGCCUCCCUAUAGCACAGAUCAUGAACUGCGACUGGAUGAGAGGCAUUGAAUACCCCCAGGCUUACCCAGCUUGUAGCCCUACACCCUGCCACCUGGUCGAGCCUUCCCACAUCCUCAGCUCAGAAGAACUGAGUGUGAAGGCAGCACUGGAGGACCUUGGCAUCACCAAGGUCCAUCUCCUCAACAAUGACUUGGACUUGAGAAGCCCUGUUACUGGUGCUUACCGGAUUUUGCUACACCGCAUUCAAAAGAGGAGGUCUGUGGAAGCUGUGGGCUAUAGCCAGAUGUGCACCAAACAGUCCCAGAACAGACUUACAUGGAGUGCAGGCUCAGAUGGCCAGCUAAACAAACGCCGCUCUGUGGUCUGUAUCAUCAUGUAA